UUCUUGACAUCUGUUGUUCUGGAGUGUUUUUAUUCUCACUAAAAUCGCGUUUUCUGGCCUUCUAUGUCGUUCUAGAGCUGCGAGCGAAAGGUCAUCCAUCAGAUUAUAUUUUCUUUACAUGUAGUUAAAGCCUUAAGAGAAAUGGGGAACCUUAUUAGUAAUCUAAUGGGUUCCCAUGUCAUGGGCUCAGGAGGGAGUAAGCGGAAGGUUGAGGACCUGGAAAGCGAGGAUGAAGAUGCGGCAGAUUUUGAUUCUCUUCUCCACACGCCCAAAAGACGAAGAUUAAACUCAACAUCACAGUACAUCUACAAGACGCUGUUUGAAGAGGGCUGUGCAUCGGAUGUGACUGUCGUGGCCCUGGGGAGGGAGUGGCAUCUACACAAAGUUUAUUUAUGUCAGAGUCCGUAUUUUGGGAGCAUGUUCUCGGGCAACUGGACAGAGACAAACCAGUCCAAAAUCAACAUUGAGAUCCUGGACGAUAAUAUAAAUAUUGAUGCCCUACACCUUGCCUUGGGCCAGUUCUACAAGGACGACAUCGUGGUGGAGCCGGCACAGGUGAUUCCUCUGCUGGCGACGGCGCUGCUCCUCCAGAUGGACCCCCUGAUUGACCAGUGCACCUCAAUCAUGAUGGAGACGAUUAAUCUGCAGACCGUCCUCCAGUACCACGAAGCAGCGCGAAGGUAUGGGGUUUUAGAGGUGGACAAGGCAUGCAAGCAGUGGCUUCUGCACAACCUAUUAACACAGGUGACUGAGCACCCUGCCACGCUGAGACACAUCCCCUCAGACCUCAUGACGGAACUUCUCACUUCCCCCCACCUGUACGUGAUGCAGACAGAAUUCAGCGUGUACGUCAUGCUCAAGGCAUGGGUGUUUUUGCGAUUGAACCCAAGUUGGGAUGGAUCCCAUGAGACGGCUUUUCUUGAAGCCCACAAGCACUUCAGGAAUAGGGCAGAACGCGGCUGGUUCCUGGAAGAGGAAGGGCGUGAGUUCUCCCCCGUGUUUUCUGCCCUACGCCUCGUCUACCUGAUCUACCACCAUCUGGACGUGGAGAUGCUCUACUCAGACCGCAUCCUCCCCCCCUCGUGGCUGACCCCUGCCAGCAUGCACCAGUGGUACAAUAUGUUGCGCAUUGACCAGGGCAAGGACAGAGGGCCAAGUGAGAUAUCAGAGGAAGAGUUUGACCGAUCUUGCACGCGUUGCGGCCGGGUGCUUGGGAAUUCAGUACAGCACAUCUGGCGAUGGACAGGCUACAACUUUGGCCUAGACCUUGUCAUGACCCAUGACGGGGCCUCACUGCGCCUUAAGAGGAAUCACCGCACUGAGAACAUUGCUAGUAUUGCCCAGCCUGCAAGGAGGAAUAUCAUGUAUAGAGUGACAGUAGCAUCUCUUGAUGACCAGAAACAAGUAGUUUACACAAAAUCUACUGGAGUGCAGUCAGUCUCUCUUGCCAAAAAUGAAGAGAUCCGUGUAAUGGUGCUAGAUCCAGACGUCAAGUACCCGCUCCUCCUCAGUGCCAACUUUCUCAUCACAACCAACCACUCCCUCAUCACCAGCCACCCUGGAAGCUCAUUAGGGACCUCUACCUCCCCCUCUGCCAUCGCCUCUGCCUCUAAUCUGUCCGCCCGAGCGCCCGGCCAGCCCUCGAGAGAAUGACUGCCGCUCUUUGCCAGCCGGGACUUCUGUAGCACUGGCUGAUCUCCCUGGGUGAAUGAUGUCCAUGGAUGAUUGAUUUCAGUCGAUGGUUUCCAUUGCUGACUUCGUUACUUGAAUUUAGGUGGCUAAUUGUUAUUCCAAUGUUAAUUUUAGCAGAUGUUAAUAUUCCAUGGAUGAUUUAAACAGCUGAUUGGUGUUGAAUAGUUAAUUUCAGUGACUGAGUUCAGUUGCUGAUUCCUGUAGCUGUUUUCCCAACACUCCACUUCAUCUCACAUUUCAUAUUUCUCAUUUCAUUAUGUCGUAACCCUGUUGUAAGAGGUUCUUCAUGCCAUUCAGAUCUCGGAAAAAAAACAUUUUUGUUUUUUAUAUGUGUGCUUGCCUCGCCACUCUCUCUCUCUUUUUUUUUCCUUCCUCUUUUUCUUCUUCUUCUUCUUCUUCUUUAUGUUAUGAUAUUUGUAUUCAGGACUCAUAUACAUUCCAAAAGAUCUUGGAAUCAUGAUUUUUUAUGUCACUACAACGUUGUCUUUAUCUUUGUCCUUUGUUAUCAAAUGAGAGGCAGGUGCAUUAUCUCAGAGUAAUAGGACAAUACAAAGCUUUAAAACAAAUCUUUUGUAAAUAUUCUCUUGUUGAUAUCAUAGUUUGUAAGCAGUAUGGUGCAGCCUUGCUGAUCUCUGUAUGAGAGAAUCAGCCUUUUUUCAACAUUUGCGAAGAAUGUCAAAUUUAAAUCAACUUUAUUUAUUAUAUUAUUUUUUUAUGAAGAGAAAAUUACAUGUAUUAGCUUACUCCAUCGUGUAAUAUUUGAUUUGUACAGGUAUCUUUUAAGAUAGAAGAUAUUUUGACAACAAUGUACUCUUUUUUCAGUGAAAUAGAGAAAAGAGCAUGAAGGAAAAAAAUAUAUAUUGGAUAUAUCUUCUUUUUUUUUAGAUGGGGUUCCAGAGACAAAACUCACGAUAUCUGUGCAUAAAGCUGGGGUUGUGAAUGUUUUUGUGCUUGAGCAUUAGGGUGCAAACACAAGCUUUUUCCAGGUGUGCCUGAAGAGAAUGUGAGUAGAGGAGAGAACUCAAAAAGAUUUAUUAGAGGCAGAAAGGGAAUGCUGACCUCACUCAUGAAUGGCAAAAUUCUUUCCUUUUUAGAUGACAUAUUUUCUAUCUUUCUUCCUUAUAUGGAAUUGCUCAUUAGGCUUGCUGCUACAUGUAAUGACUUACUAGUUACCCCCUAAAUCACAGCUGCUGCAAUAGUUUGUUUAAGAAAAGGAAACUUGUUUUUGAAAAAGAUAUAAAGAGUUUUUUUUUUACAAAUUUCCAUACUUGGUGAUAAGCAACAGAAUUUAAAUGAAUUUAUUGAUUUGCAGUAUAAAGCCAACUAUAUAAGUUACAGUUCUUCUUAACUACACUUACUUCCCCUAAUUUCUCUCCAUUCCUCCUCCCUUCCUUUUCCUCUCCUCUUUGCUUUCUGCCAGGGUAUUAUUUAUUGUGUUGGUGAUAUUUCCAUUGCAUUUAUGGGAUAGAUGGAAUGAAUGGUGCCUGUUUGGUUGCAAGGAAGGCAAAUUUUCUAUGCUGUAAGUAGCAAGUUCUUGAUUUCAGUCUCAAAAACAGAUUGCAAAGGCAGGCCACAGGUCUUCUAUAAAGAUGCAAAUGCAUAUCUAAGCUUCUCUAAAAAGUAGACUUAAUUUCCCUAACAAGGCUUCAUUAUAAAUUAACUACACAUAGAUACCAGGUUUGAGAGUUUCUCAGUGCUAAUUAACAAGAACCUUAACGCAAAAAUAACCGUUACUUAUUACAGGCAAGGGUGUCCAAACAGUUCAUUCAGAUCAUUCAAUCAUUAGGUUAUUCUGUUGUUGACCAUUUAGUCAUGUAGCUGUUUUGGCCACUCAGUCAACUGGUUGUUCAGCUGUUUGUUCAUUCCCUUAGGCAACUUAGAAAAGGGGGAAAAAAAAAGUUAAACGGCAUUCAGCUGAUUUCUCUUUCUUGGAUUUGAGAUGGAACCCUCCUAUAGACAGGCUUUCUGGAGAGCUGUGAUCCUUAUGUUACUUUAGCAGAAGUAUUACUUGAGUUUGAGACCAAAAGUGUAUUUUUGUUAAUUUCAUGGCCUUCGAGGUAUUUAAUCUUUACCAUGAACAGAGAUAGAAUUGUCUCUCUGCAAGGAAAUCAUUCUCAGGACUAGAAAAAUGUUCAAAUGAUAGCAGGAAAAGGGCAAAAGGAUCCAGCAUUUGCCUGAGAGUCUAGUUGCACAUAGUUUUAAUUUUUUUUUAAUAAUAUUAAUAUUCCAGACUUUCUCCCUCAACUAUAUCAUAAACAGGAAAUCUUUAGUUUGUUAUUUUUCUAGUAUCCGUUUUAGGUGCAUGUCACAAACAAGAAAAAGUUUAAAAAAGAAAAUGUUUAAAGUCAUGUAGGCAUGAACAGGAAGAAUCUUUUUCCGUCGUUCAAACCACUCACUGCCAUUAAUAUAUUAAUAGAUUUAUUACAUUUGAUAAGAUGUUUGUAUGCAAUGAGUGAGUGCUUAGAGCCUGUGGGUUUGCAUGUUCGUUUGCUUGUUUGUUUUGUGCAUGUUUUGAACAAAUCUUGUAUAAUUUCAGAAAAUUGUGAUAUAUUUAGGCCUCAUUUUCUCUCUCUCUCUCUCAUUCUCUCUCUCUCUCUCU